AUUUUAUCGAUAACGGUCGAGAUAGUCUCGACGACAAAGAAACAGAUGGCGUCAUUUGGCGGAAAGUACAAAAUGUAGUUGGAGGAGAUUUAUAUCGUUUUACGGAACUUUUUACAUAAUGGCUGAUUCAAAUUCUCCACCUUGGCUGAAACCAUGUGAAGUACUAAGACUGCAUAAAAAAGCAAGAAGACAACUUCAAAUGACAAGUAAUGUUCUUCAAACCAUUGACAUAAAUAAAACGCAGCCUUUAAAAACAAGCCAAGAAAUUGGCAUAAUAGAAGAAAAACAUGUGAAUCCAUUUAGCAAGUCUGUUGCUAAAAAAAAUAUGGAUAUUUACAAAGAUUAUUUGUCAGGAAUAUCUCCUCAAACUUCAAUUACUGUAGAUUUAUUGGAUGAAAAUACUGUCCUUGGUCCACCAGAAGUAAAAAGUUCAAAGAAUACAUUAUUAAAUAAUGUGAAUAAGUUUGAAAAUAAAUCUGAAUGGAUUAAUAGCAUUCCUGUAGACUGGAGCUUAAAAACAAAAGUUCGUUUUAUGUCGACUAAACCAUUUCCUUGGCGGGGAAAUCUCAAAACUGUAGAAGAAGCAAGUGGUACAACAAGUUUUACUCGCUGUUUGGAACUUGAGCAACAUAAAGGAAAAGAUUGUGUGUUAGAUUCAAGUCCUGGAGCAUGUUUUUAUAAAAAUUGCUUAUAUUGGAUGCACCCUUCUCUUCCAUGGUUACAAUUAUUUCCUCGUAUGGACGUAAAAAAAAAUAAAAAUUUGAAUCAAGCUAUAACUUCCUAUAAUGAAAUCAUUCAAGAUUCUUUACAUUCUGAUUGGUGUGAAAGCUUCAGAUCAUUAUAUCAAUUAGUGAGGACCUGCCAGUGCCCUUUCUUUUAUUUAUGUGCAGCAUCAUUCACAGUUCUUUUUAGAGCAGCAGGUAUUAAUGGUUUUGCUGAAAUAAAUGCAAUGAUAACUCCAACUACUAGAGGUCUAAGACAAGCUCUUAUCGCUGAAGGAAUCAAUUUUACUAUGCCUUUGAGUGAAAGGAAAACUAAUAACCCUGGAAAUGAAUUUACACAGGACACUUAUUCUCAGUUGUCAAAUACAAGUGAUGAAUCUAUCAUUCCAGGUGACAGUGGAUUUGUUGAGGGAAAUGAUGAAUUAGCGAGUGAUGACGAAGAACCAGGUUCCUGGCUUGAAAGUUUAGGUCUUAGUCAGCAAGACUUUCCAUCUUUAAAUCCCAAUAAGAUUAAAUUAGAUAAAGAAAAUGGAAAAAGUGUCGAUUACCGACCACAAAGUCUCGUAUAUGUUCAAGGAAUGGAAACGCAAGCAUUAGUAAAUUUUCUUUUGAAUACAAAACUAUGUUUCUCUAAAACAGGACCACUAACGGGCAUUCCACCAACACUUCUUUCUCCAACUGCUUUUCAUGGUGGAUCACUUCAAUCUGUAAAGGUGCGUCAAGGCAACGUUAAACAUAACAAUGUAAAUCAACACGUAAUAGAACUGAACGGUCCCAUUUUCCCUAGUACGUUGCACAGGCUCUGCCAUUUGCUUCGUCAGACGCAAGACGGAAACUACAAGUCUCUACUUCUCUCGCACAGACCCACCAAUCCGUUUUGCUCUGUGCUACCAUGUCACGAAGAGUCUUCUUUUUCUGCUUUUGCAAUAGAAAAUCUGAAGGACUGUGGAAUAUGUAAAGACACCUUACAGUGGAUGUGUGCCAAACGCUCUGCAGACAAGACUGGCCUGAAUGAAAUUAUUUCAAUAAAUGGCCUGUACAAGUGUACUUGAACAACUUAAACACUCGCAAUGAAGCUCAACCUUAAGUAAAUAUAUUUUUUUAUUAAGCUG